AUGGACAUGGGUUCAAAGUCACAUCAUGCCCAUGACAAGGGCAAGGGCAAGAACAAGGGCAAGGGCAAGUCGAACGCAGCCAAGUCGGCCAAGUCGGCCAAGUCGGCCAAGUCGGCCAAGUCGGCCAAGCCGGACAAGUCGGCCACGUCGACCAAGUCGGUGAAUGAGAGCAGUGGCUCGUCUUCACCUCGUUCGGUUCUGGUCGAUGGUCUUCCUGCUUGGAUGGUUGAUCCGAUGGCUUACGGUGCCAUCACUGCCUCGAGCGACAAGUACAACGUGCCGAGCUUGCCUGGAUCUACGCUCGCAUCAGCUCCUGCCCCUUCUGCUGCUUCCAACUCGCCAGCUUCUCCUGCCGAUCCGGCUUCGGCACGUGAUGCAUCCGCCGCUGCUUCCCCAUCUCGAUGGGAGUCAGAGGCCGAGGAGUAUGCCGUGCACUACCUCCCGCUUGCUGGCCUGGACUCGCAUCACGACCUGUACACUAUUGCCUCGCUGCCGGCCGUGCCUGACGGCGUCUACCCGCGUCUCUCGCUCUCACCAGACCGCAAGCUGCUGCUGGUCUUUGGCGCCCCGCCGCCAGACGCGCCGUCACCGUUGAGCACGGCAGCAGCACGUUCCAACGGCGGCUCAGCGCCGACAACGCCACAAAAGGACCCGACCGCGGCGGCCCGCUCGCGCUCGGCCUCAUCGCCGCCCGAGGCUGUCGCCACCGACAACGAUGUCGAAGGCGAGUCGUCGUCGCGCAAGGCCUCGCUGCCGCGGACAAGCUCACCGCUCGCCCUCGCCUUUUCGGUCUACGAGCUGGUGCCUGGCAACGCGCCACAGCUCCGGCACGUGGUCUCAGAGCUUGCGGCACCGUUUUUCGAUGCCGCCUUUUCGCCCGACUCGCGCCACCUGACGCUGCUCCCGCGGGCCGCGCCGGGCACGCUCCUUGUCUACUCGCUCGCCCACGCCGGGCUUCCGACCUCGCUCGCGGCACGGCAGCUCGGCCUCGCCGGCCCGCUGGCCACCUUUGGCCCGGCCCACGACGCCACUGGUGGCGUCUUCCGCGCCACCCGCAUCGCCGUCAACGCUGCCGGGCCCGACGCCGGCACCGCUGACUACGCCACCUGGGGCGAAGACGGUUCGGGCCAGUACGUCCUGUGGCAGGUCCACCCGCGGACCGCAGGCGCGAGCGUCCACCUCGGUCCUCUCAAGGCGCCGCUCAUCGAGACCCGCCUCUGGCGGCCGAGCAUGUUCCCCGAGGCCGCGCCCGAGGACGCCGACACCCCCAAGGUCUACCUCGUCGACCUCGCUUUUGAGCCGCACUCAGGCCUCGCCCUCGGCGGCCUGGUCAUUCAUGACAACUUUGUCCGCCCCUGCGCCAACGGUGUCGGCAUCGAGACCAUCUUUGUCCACCCGAUGCAGCCAGCCAUGGCGAGCUCCGACCCGAACCCACCGCCAGGCACCGUCUCGGCCUUUGACCUCCAUCGCGCCGAACUCCUCGCCUCCUCGCCGCUCUCCUCCUGGUUCAAGAUCGCCAACGAGCCCGAGGUCGCCGCCUGGGCUCGCUUCCGCUGGUCGCGCCCGUUUGUGGUCGGCGCGUCGUCGGCCUCGGCCCUCGCUACCGUUGCAGGCAAAGGCGUCUUUGAGCUGGUCGACAUGCACUUUGGCUCGGCCUUUGACCCGCCCGGCUUACCCUCGUGGUCUGCGCACGUCCGCGAUGUUGUCCAGCUCGGUGAGUUUGUCCGCAUCGCCGUCCUCGACUCAGGCAGCCUCGCCGCGCUCGUCGCCUCGCCGUUUGUGUCAUCGGCCCACCCGCGGUGGUCGGCCGUCUUUGGCCUCGAGUCCCGCGUCGGUGCCAUUGACUCGGCCGCCCACCCGCUCGCCCCGGGCCGCGCCCGCCCGCUCUUCUCUGCACCCGACGGCUCCAUCGGUCCGGACAUCGAAGCCACUCUCGCGCCCGAAGACAUGCUCGCCCUCCGCGCAGGCAUCGGCCACGCCAUGGGCUACUUUAUCUCCUCGCUCUGGGACGUCAAUCUCUCGCUCUACUCGGACGCCAAACUGGCGGUCUACUUUGGCGGCGCGCCCGCGAGCCUCGUCGCCGACGCCCGCGCCGCCCACGGCGCCUGCGCCGCUCACACCGAGAGCCACAACACCACCGCCCAAACGCGCCAGCGCAAGCGUGCCAAGGGCCGCAAGCGCUACAACGCCGCCUCGCGCAGCGACGAGCUCGCUCUCGCCUCCAUCGCCUCGGGCAGCGGCCCCGGUGCCCUCUUCCCGCCACCGCGCCACGCCAUGCGCGCCUCGCCCGUCGGCAAGCUCCUCACCACAGCCGCCACUCAGGCCAUCGGCAUCCACCUUCCGCAGUGCGCCGUCUGUGGCGUCGUCCUCCUCGAGCCGCAAACUUGCGGCGCCUGCCUCAACGCCUACUACUGCUCAACCGCAUGCCAGAGCCGCCACUGGCCCUACCACCGCGCCUACCAGUGCUCUUCCCCGGCUACGCGCUAG